AUGUGUAAAAGAAGACGCUAUAACGAAAUAAAAAACGAUCCAGAGCUGCUUGACAUCGAAAAAGAAAAACGAAGACAUCAAUAUCUUAAAAGAAAAAAAGAGAAAAAGGUUGUCCAAUUAAAAGAUAAAACUCUUCGGUCACAAAGAGAACAAAGAAGAAGACGGAAAGAAAACUCUAGAAAGUACCGAGAGAGAAAACAAGCAAAUCUUAACUUAAUUAUCCUGGAUGACACUUUCCCUAAAGAAGGUCCGAGUGUUCUCAAAGAAGAAGAUCCCUUGCAACAUGCAACAUGUCCAGCAGUGCAACGCGCAAUUAGAAAAAUAAGAUACAAAGAAUUAAAAAAAAGAAAAUUACUUAUUUCUAUAAUAGACGCAUUAAAAAAGGAAAAUGCAUCACAGUGUAAAAAGAUACACAGCCUACAAAAAAAACUUGACGACACCAAGAUUAAGACUUAA